ACACCAAGUCUUCUCCAUCACCCGCUAUUCCGGCUCCCCCCUCCUGUUGCUCCCUCGUUUGCUCUCGCGUCGGGCCCGCGCUCCUUCCUGACGACCGCCCUGGUCUCCGGAGUCGUCCUCUUUCCCGUGCCCCCGCGACCCAUGUCCAAGGGAGAUUCUCCCCCUGGCCGGGGGCGUGCUCUGCGCCCCCUGCUGCUGGCCGGGCUCCUCGCCCUGGCCUGUCUCGUCCACACCGCCAGGGCUGCCGGGAGCCUGACCGGCCUGACGCCCACAACGCUUCAGCUCCCGAUAUUGAACGUCAGCGAGGUCAGCACCUUGACUCCUACAACGCCAAAGUACAACCCGGCCGAGAUCAUCGUGGCCGCCAUCCAAAACACCAUCAACACGUCAAGCGAGACUUUCCCGGUGCAGACGCGCAUCCUCUUUGGCGAGCUUGACACCCAGUCCCUUAAUACCAACUACUGCCCGACGGAGAUCAACUACUACCACCCCAUCCUGCAGUUUGCCACGGCCGAGGCCAUCACCGAUGCCGACCACAUGGUCAUGGCACACGGGAAUGUCUGCUUCUUCAGCCCCACGACAACCAUCAACCUCCCCACCCUCACCUACAAUACCCGGCCCAGUUCGACUGAGGCUACCUGCCUUUCACCGACCAGCCUCUACGAGCUGCAUCGGCUGAACGUCGGUGCCAGUAGCCAAGUGGAUGCCUACUACCCGGGGCAGGGGUUCCUGCCGGUUCUCACUCAGCGCACCAACCUGUCCAAGCCGGUGUCCUUCUUCUUCGAGCUCCUCGGUCGCAGCACCAUCCCCUCGCUGGCGGUGGAUUCCUACCACCGGUAUGGCGCGCCCAAGCCCUUGUUCUUUGCCACCGGCGUCCACUGCCCCGCGAACUCGAGCUGCCAGUUCCCCGGCUCCAGUGCCGCGCAGUGUGUUUGUGCCAAUGACUAUCGGCCAUCCGCCGAUCUCAAGCUUUGCGAGCGGAUUUCCUGCCCGGCGAAGGAGGCCUUCAACGCCAGCUGGCCACUCACCCUCGGCAAUGCCCAGGCCACGGGCACCUGUAAUGAGGGCUGGACCGGGCUGCCGACCCUGAAGUGCUCGGCCGACGGUGUCUGGGCCACCUCCCCGAGUGGCACUCCUUGCACACGCCGUGUCUGUCCGGCUAUCUAUGAGAACUUCACCCAAUUCCCGGCCACCGACUCCCUGGAGGUGGCCAACGGAGUGUGCGACGCGGCGGCCGGCUAUGGUGGCACCAUCCCCCGUCAGUGCAGGGCCGAUGGAACGUGGGGUCCCAUUGCCCCGGAGGACUCUUGUGGCCAGGUGGCCUGCUUCGCCGAGACCAGCCCCACCACCGGCAUCCGCCACCCACAAACCCUCUUCGGCCAGGUGGCCACGGCCACUUGCCCCGCGGGCUUCGCUCCCGGGCUGGACCAAGUUCGCAUCCAGUGCAGCUCAUCCACGCGGAAGUUCGAGCUUCCCUACCUCAACGGUGCUGGCACCGCAUAUCCCUCCAACUCGUCGCCCUGCAAGCUGUCCCCCACCCCGUCGUCGCAUUCGCUCUCCUCGCUCACGGCCAGCCACCGGAAUUCCAACAGCAUCACCCUGCGCUGGGGCCUGACCGUCGAUCGGGUUGGCGACAAUGUUGCCGUCAUGACCGGGGCCUCGACUUCCUCCCUGUUCACGACCAUCACCGGUGGCGAGUCGAUCAUCAGUGACAAUUUCCGCAUCGUCGGGCUUUCGCCGGUCCGGUCCUACAACUUCCGCGUGAGCAUGGUCGACGACCCGGAUGACUUUGUGCAGAUGCAAUUCACCACCACGGUGGCCCCCCCGGGGCCGAUCUCCCCGCCGGACUUCCCGACCGCCACCCGGGCACAGAUCACCUGGGCCCCGGUCAGCUUCGCCAAUGGCUACCGCGUGAGUCUCGCCUCUCGGGGGACCUACGCCGAGCCGGCCUCGGGGGCUGCCCUCUUCGCGGACGAUGAGUAUGUCCUGGUCAAGGACACCACCGACACCACCAUCAUCCUGGACAAUCUGAUCGCCGGGGACUCGUAUUCGGUGCGGGUGCAGGCCGGCGCCGGGUCCGACUGGGAGCCCGACGGCUCGGUGGUCAACUUCGUCCAGAACUCCAAUGUGGUCAUGCCGACCGAUCCGCCGACCGGGUCUUCGUCCAGCGGCUCCGGCCCGGUGGGGUCGCUGCCUGGCGACGGGUCGAGCUCCUCCCCGACCGAUCCCUCCGGUCCGGGCUCCUCCCCCGGCGGGUCGGACUCUGGGUCUCCCUCCAACUCCGGCAUCGGCAGCCAUGAUCCCGGCUCGUCGUCCAUCGGUUCCUCCGGGUCCGAUCCCAAUCCCACCAAGGGCCGUAGCCUCCUGCCGAUUGUCCUGCCAAUUGUGCUGGUGCUGCUGCUGCUCGUGGUGGCUUUGGUGAUCAUUUGGUUCUUCUGGUACCGGCGUCGCCGGGGCGGCAAAAACAAGGCCGACGAUGUGGACGCCGGCACCGGCGGCAUGCCCCUGAGUCCCAUGCACGGGGCCAGCAUCCGCUCGGGCGGGUCCGGCUCGGUUGGCGGGUCGAUCGGCGGCGGGUCGGCCGGCGGCGGGUCCUUCAAUCACCGGUCCAUGGCCGGGCGCGUGCGCACCGCCGAUGCCACCGUGGUCAACACCCUGAUGGAUUUGUCGGUGCCCGGCUUCCUGGCACUGGAUCUGACCCAGCAAAUCCGCCAGGACGAAGUCAUCGGCACCGGCGGCCUGGGGACGGUCUACUGUGGCACGGUCCUGGACCGGGCCAUUCAGGACCGGUACCAUGUCGAGCGGGUGGCCAUCAAGUAUGUCCAUCCGGAUGAGAAGAUCUCGGAGCAGGAGAAUACCCAGCGCUUCCAGCAGGAGGUCAGCAUCCUGUGGGCCCUGUCCUUCAAUGACUAUGUCAUCCAGCUGAUUGGCUUCUCGGCCUCGCCGCCGGCCAUCAUCACGCCGCUCUAUGACACGGAUCUGUACCACCUGCUGCAUGGGCACGACGGUGAGGCGGCCAUCAUCCAGCGCGGGACCACCCUGCCGCUGCUGCCCAUCAACCAGGUGGCCUGGCUGGUGUAUCGCGUGGCUCGUGGCCUGGCGUCCAUCCAUGCGGUGGGUGUGGCCCACCGGGACAUCAAGAGUGCCAAUGUCCUGCUGAACCCCUCGCGCGAGCAUGCCGGCUUCUAUGACCCGGUCAUCUGUGACUUCGGUCUGGCCACCACCAGCGAGGAGGGCGUCAACCGGAUGAAGGCCGUCGCCGGGCUGUCGCCUCGGUAUGCCUCGCCGGAGACCUUCUCCCACAACCUCCUGUCCACGAACAUCACCACUUCCAUUUUCGAGGACCAGCAGGCCGACAUCUAUUCUUUCGGUGUGCUGCUGCACGAAAUCUUCACCCGGUCCAUCCCGUGGCUGGGCUUCACCAAUGAUGAGAUCCAGUUCGAGGUCCGGUCCGGUAAGCGCCUCCCCGCGGUCGAUGUGCUGGACUACAAGUCCCACCCGGCGGCAUUGGUCAUCAAGCAGCAGAUGGACGCCGCGCUGUUGGCCCGCGCGGCCAGCCGGCCCACCAUCCAGGACAUCAUCGUUGCCUUUGCCAGCUUCAGCGAGGUGUGA